ACUUCCUGUUGAACGACAACUCUGGACUGUUACCCUUAUAGGUACUCUUUUUUAAAAUAUAAUAAUAAUCUAUACUAUACUAUAAUAAUUUUGGAACAAUCGGAAAUUAAUAUUAUAUGCACAGGUGUGCAACGUUCAGUCCGUUAUAAUAGCAUUACUCUACUAUGAACAAUUCCAUGGCUUCGUCACCAGACAUGCACAAUAUUUACGGUUUUCACCAUCACCACCAUCACCAUCAUCACCAACAGCAUCAGCAGCAAUCACCGGACUUGCUCAGAAGUGGCGCCCAUGUAAUCACGACCAAAGCCGAUUCGUCAUCUUCGUCGUCAUCGCUUUGUUACAAUAAAACGUCAACAUUUUCACAAGAUUUCUUGUUGGCCAGCGAUACGUGUCAAACACAGCAACAGCAAGAAGACGACAGCUGUAGCGACGCCGAAGAUUUGCCAAUUCCUAGUUGUACUUACCGGCCUGUUCAUCAUUCAGCUUCCCCGCAUUCGUCGUGCUUCAUAGGAUCUUCAAUACGACAAGGUGAAUCCUCGUCGUUGCUGUCGACUGGAUCCAUGGUUCGACACAAUAUGAUCGACAGCGGCUUUUAUGUCGGAAACGGCAGUGGUCACGGCCACGGUCAUCAUCAUCACGCCGUGGAAGCUCACGGAGGAGGCAGUAGUGGUAGUGGUUAUAGGGUGCAGAGACAGGCAGCCAACAUACGGGAACGUAGACGCAUGUUGAGGUCAGACCUGGCGCCAACUCGAGCUGCGGAUAGGCCCACGCCGGUCAAAAUCAGCAUCAACUCGGCGUUCGACGAGCUCCGCGGUCACGUCCCCACGUUUCCAUACGAGAAGCGUCUGAGCAAAAUCGACACUCUCCGGCUAGCCAUCGCCUACAUAGCCCUUUUGCGUGAAGUAUUGUCGGCUGACUGCGAUCCUCUGACGUACGUCCAACGCUGUCUUAGCGGGGAACGGCAACCCGAACGGGCCGAAUGGAACACUAGCGAUUUAACGGCUAGACUUUCUUGGAUUAAUUGGGAAAAUUUAGGAGUCAAUCCAAAUCGUCGAGGAGUACUGACCUCUUACUCUAUACCGGAUACAGGGAAUUAAAACCAUAUCGUUAACGGUUUUCCAUCAACGGAUACUAAUUGGUCAACUCUGUCAUCGUUUUAUAAUAUUGUUUUUCCACUGUAGUUCUAUGGUUUAUGAUUUACAUUGAUAUAAUAGCAGACGGGACUGUAAAAGUGCAAUAACUAUGAAUCAUAUAAUUAUUAUUAAUACGGCCAACAGAAUAACAUAUUAUUAUACCCGAUAGCAUUUAGCAAAGAUUCCAACGAUGUAUCGGUUGCUCUUUGAUGAGUUCAUACCGAGUAAACGAUUACCAAAUUAUACCGUUAUCUUAUAAUAGGAUUUAUAGGAAUUUCGUUAGAAUAGUGUAUGUUAAUACAUUUUCUUUUUGAAAUUUGUUUAAUGUUAAAAAUAUAAAUAUGUUAUGAUAGGCCUAUUAGGUCAUCAGAACAUGUUACAUUUC